UACAUACAUUAUAAAUAAGAAAUAAUUAAAUUGUCAUUGUAGUUGGCAUAUGUCAUUUUUAGUUCGUGAAAUCAUUCACAAAUGAAAAAUUCUAACCUUCAUUACAAGAAAGAAAAAACAGCAAUUAUAUUAAUGUGACAUGAACUGUCUCAUUAAGUGAAUUAUUUUUUCAUUGCACAUCGUUAUGUCACAAAUCUGUCCGUCUUCGUCGCAUCAAUUAGCUGCUGCCGCAUUAGCAUUUCAUCGGGCUAAACGAAAAUUUUCAAAUCCAACGGAAGUUAAAUCACAGACUGAAGUUUUAUCAAAAAAUAAUGAAGGAAGUUGUAAAGGUAUGAUAGCGACAACGGAGACAGGAAUGAUGGGAACGACAACGACGACGACAACGAGGACGUUAGAUAAGAAGGAGAAUACUUCCUCCAAGUCGAGAGUAUCUCGUGACUGCUGUUGCUUACGAAAUUGUAAAUCUGCUGGUGACGAGCAUUCAUUCGAUGAAGACAAAUCGAAUCAACAUCUCGACGUCGUUGACACAGUUGGAGAUUCAAUUGUGGUUGGUGUUUCUAAGAUGAAAAACGUCAGUGACAAUGGAGAUGCAGUUGAGAAAAUUAUUAAAAAUAACAUUUAUGAGUUUGAAGAUCCAGCGGAAUAUGAUGGGUUUGAUAUUAAACCGAGAUCUACAAAAGAGUCAAGUUCAAAAAAACCGAGUAUGAUAAAUCACGAAAAAAUAAGUAAUCCCUGUGAACAAUUAUAUAGCAAUCGAGAAUCGAUCGAUCUUCUUUAUAAAACUGACACUCCGAACGAUGAUAGAGCGCUCGACUUUUCAAGUAAACUGCACGAGUGGGAAUGUCGAACUCGGGACGGUUCGCUAAUGAAGAUACAACGAUAUUCGCCAUCAAAACUUUCUAAGUUCAAACAAGACUCUCAACACCGGCAGAAGCAGAAGCAUCAGCAGCAGCAACAACAACUUCAAAUUAUUAACAAUCAUGAUCAUUUAAAUUCGAGUACACAUCAAACAAAAUGUCAGCAUCAUCACCAUCAUCAUCGCCGUCACUACUGCGAUCAUCAUCAACAUCAACAUCAAAACAAAUCGGUCAAGUCUUCAGAUGCGGAGUCAAUUUUAUGGAAUGAAAGCCACUGCAGACAUAGAAAAAAAUUUGAAAAACUCCAUGAUCACAGGGAAAGACCACAAGCUUUAUGUAGACGAUGCAAUAUGAUUCGAUGUCCAAUAAAUUUAAGAAUGAUCGAUACUUUGGUUGAAGAUGUAGAUGAAACUGAGGACGAAGAGUUAGUCAAAGGUACGGGUUUGAUAAAACACAAAGACUCGCUGGACAUUCUCGUGGAUAAAUUCAAGAACCGUAAAAUCCUUGGGGAGCCAAAGUUGAAGGGCAAGAAAGUAAUAGGUAGUUGGAUGAAGAUCGAUGAGAGUCUGUCAUGCGAGAAAAUCCCGGAUCAGCUUACGUUAGACGAAGCAACAAAAGAAUCUUCGUGUACAGAUUACCGAGCCAGUAAGACCUGUUGGACUCAUACAGAAAGUUUCCAGCAUAGAUCCAACAAGUUGUACGAUCGAUUUAAACGGAGGGAUGCACGUCAUAAUUUCAUUAAUUAAUCAGCUUUACUAGACCGGGCCAAAAAUUGACUACUUUUUUUUUCGAUACUGUGAAAAUAUUAUUCCUGAUGACCAAGAUAAUUAUUGUGCAAGUUUGAGUCCUUAAUAUCGAUAUUAAGAGGUGUAUCGUUACGACUAUUAGUUUUUUGACAGAAAUUUCAUUUUUUACCCAAACCUCGUAAAUCAUCUAUCUGAAAAAUUUGAGCAAGGUAUAAUCUUGAAGGAAAUUAAAUUCCCUACAAAAAAACUCUCUUAGUAAAUUGACGUAAAACGAGCCGUUUCCUUGUAACCGUGCCUUAAACAUUGAUUUGUUUUUUAAAUUCUUUGUUUCUAUUUUGGAUUUUUGUAACUACUAGAAAUAUUAAAAUUUUUUUUAAUCAUGAUACAUAUUUUUGAAGGAAAUUUAAUGCUCUACAACAAAGGUCUCUUAACA